CCUUGUUUGUUUACAACCGGAAGACUUCCUGUAAUCGAUUAUAGCGCUGCUCGUGUUAGCUAACAGGUUUUAGUUUCACCAAAAGACAGUUUUCAAGAUGGGAUGUGAUGGCGGGACGAUUCCAAAAAGACAUGAGUUGGUGAAAGGACCAAAAAAAGUCGAGAAGGUUGACAAGAGUGCAGAACUCGCUGCCAAGUGGAAAUACUGUGCCUUGAGCCAAGAGAAACUCAGGCGGCCCAUCGUUGCUUGUGAGCUGGGCAGACUUUACAACAAAGAUGCGAUCAUUGAGUACCUCCUGGAUAAAACUGCUGAGAGACCAAACUCUGAAGCUGUUACACACAUCCGUGGGAUCAAGGAUAUAAAGGAGCUCAACUUGACUGAUAACCCCGAAUGGGAAGGAGAGGGGAGAAAUGCAAAAGGAGACAGAUAUGACGAGAUCUACUGCGGCAUGUUUAUCUGUCCUGUUGUUGGGUUGGAGAUGAAUGGAAAGCACAGGUUCUGUUACUUGCAGACCUGUGGCUGUGUGUUCUCCGACAGGGCCCUUAAGGAGGUUAAGACCGAAAUCUGCCAUAAGUGUGGGGAUCCUUUUAAAGAUGAAGACAUAGUCGUGCUUAAUGGCACAAAGGAGGAGAUUCAGAAGCUCAAGGUGAAGAUGGAGGAGAGGCGAGCGAAGACAAAAACCAAGAAAUCAAAGAAGAGCAAAGCAGCUGAAGCUGUGUCUACACCAGCAGAAACCAAAGAGGAUGCCCAGCCUCCACCAGUGGAUGUAGCUGGGAGGAAAUCACAAGAAAAUGGAGAAGAAAGCAGCCAAUCAGAUGUGGCCGGACCCUCCGGUGCCUCCAGCUCCUCUAAAGGCUCCAGAUCUUCAGCGGCUCCUGCCACCAAGAGGUCCAUCCAAGACAUGGAGGGAAAGUCCGAGGCUUUCAAGUCCCUCUUCACCACCCACAGCUCUGCUAAGCGCUCUAAAGACCAGCUAUCCAACUGGGUCACUCACACACCUUAUCACUUUUAGCAGCUGUUGCUCAGUGCAGAACACAUUUUUUUUAAGUCCAUUAGAUAUUAAUCUCUUUACGUAAGCAGCACUCACGCAUCGCUCAGCUGACAUUUAAUAAAGUCACCAGUGCGUCAACUCAUUCCCAGUUUGUCUGUUUAGUUCCCAGUAGCUCCUUGUUUACAUGCUGUGAACAUUUUGUUAAACCCCUCCCUUAACAUUUCAGGCUUUGUUUUGUAACCCGGUGUCCUAAUGCAAUCCCCCAUGUAUUCCUUCGACACCUCUGGAUUUUCAGGUGGCAAGUAACCUGAGAAUUGCUGUCUUGUCUACACUAAAUGAUGUGUAAACACGUUAGACUGUUUUCUGCUCUACUCGAAAGAUAUUUAAUGGAUCUUUCUGGAGAAUAUACAUCUUGUUUUUCUUUUUUUCUUUUUUUUUUUCUUUAAAGGUUUAUUAAAAGAAGUUUGCAAACAUUAGGGUGCUUCAAGUGUUUAAAGUAUAUUAAAGCAUCCGAUACAUAAACAUUC